AUGCUGAUUUUAGUAACAACUGGCAGUUUAGUUGAUUCGCAUAAUUCGUUACGUUUAGAUACAACGGAUGAUUUAUCGAAGCUUAAACAGAGAUUAGCAAAAAGUGCGGAAGAAAAUAUAGCAAGCAGCUAUUUCAAACCAUUCAGCAGGGAUGGUCUUGUCAAUAAAUACAGAGCUGAUCGGAAUCGUACCAUUGAUUUACGACUGGAUAAAUAUUCAUUAGGAAGGAAACAAACAUGUAAUGAUUUACUGAGAGGUGUUGUAUAUACGGAUGAUAUCUAUGAGAAGCCUUCUCUUUUCCGGAAACCACAACGUCUUGAAGCACUUUCAGUGAAAUCAAAAUAA